AUGCAGAAGGACAUGAGCAACGUGGAGCUGAAGAGCGUGGUUGACGCCGUCGGCUUAGGCGAGGUCUUCGACGAGAUCUCCAGCACGGCCUCCCUCGGCGACGACUGCGAUGAGCUCGACGACGACUUCAGCGCCGUUGGUGCCGGCAUCAUGCAGAAGCUCGACUGCCAUCGCUCCGGGCGCAAUGGCAAGGGCAAUGGCAAGAGCAAGGCCAAGGGCAAAGGCAAGCAAAAGUGCGAGAUCAAGCACGGCGGCUCCGAGGGGGGCGGCUUCGACCACGUCUCCACGAAGGAGCUGCUGCAGAUCGCCGAGAAGCGGUUCGGGAGCGACGUCGUCGGCAAGUUGCUCCUCCACAUGCCGGCCCUCCGCGAGGGCUCCGUGGACUGA